AUGUCAAUGCUACACCUCCCGUCAUGCCGUCCUGCAGUCCAUCCAGUGUAUAGGGGUGCUGGAUCAGGAGGGAGCACACCGCUCAGAUCAGCGCCGGAUCAGAGACCAGGCUCAAGAUCAAGAAAGGGCGUCGUCCUGAGUUCUCCGUCGCCGCGGUCGUUGCUCACCACCACAUGCGCUCUGAAGACGCCCUCCUAUGGCGGAUCGAGGGAGAAGGUCAACCCCAGGGACCUGUUCACCUUCUCCUACAAGUUCAGCACCGACAUCCCGAUGAGCGAAACGCAAGGGGCAUCCAUCGAUGAGUACCUGCAGAACAGUCCGAGGAUCGUCGGAGCGGUGUUUCCGGACCAGCGCAAAAGAAGAAAGAUCAACGACGAAGAAUGGAGCGUGCAGCUCUUGCCCAUCCAGUUCCUCUUCCUGUCGGCAUCGCCGGUGAUCGUCAUGCGCUUCGUCAGCAAGUCCGGCGGGAAGGAGUACCCGCCCAACGUGCCCGUCCACGCCACCAGCCUCCUCCUCAUGGAAGUGACGGACUACAAGCUGAAUGGUCUGGACAGCAACGCCAUGCCGUCGCACCUGGUCCUCACCGUCCGAGGCUUGAUGUACCCACAGCGGCAGCGGGAGGGGAGGAAGAGCCUCAAGGGCCACGUCGAGAUGACGGUCGGCUUCGACCUCCCGCCGGUGCUCGCCUUGGUCCCGGAGAGCAUCAUCAGAGGCGUCGGCGAGACGGUGUUGAGGCAGAUGGCGGAGCAGAUGAAGCAGGACUUCGACACAGGCCUGGCAGCAGAUUUCAAGAAGUACAGGAGGGAGAAGCUAACCGAGAGGCGCACAUCGCCCUGA